AGCUGCCGCCUCCUUUCGGGGAGGGGACGCGCCCACCCGGCCCGGGGAGGAGAGGAGAGGUGCGCCCCCCCCCCGCCUGCCUCCUGCCCCUCCCCUCCCCUCCCCUCCCGGGCCCCUCUCCUUUUGUGCAGCCCCCUGCCCGGAGCAUCCCUCCUUCCCUCCCUCCCUCCCUCCCUCCUGAGUCAUCGCUGCUGGGGGGGGCGGGGGGCGGGCUGGGCGGAUGGGCUGGCCGGCAGCCCGGGAUGGCUGGGCUGCUCCCCGGAGGAGAGGAGCAGGAGAAGGGCCGGCCGGCCGGGCCGAGGGGGGUCCGGCGCCCCGGACGCGCCGCACAUCUGGCCAGCGGCGCCUGGAAGUUGCCCGCGGGCGCGUCUGGAGGCGUGGAGCGCCUGGGCAGAGAGAGAGAGAGAGAGAGAGAGAGAGAGAGAGAGAGGCGGCGUGGAUUGCAUUGAUGACUUGGAUGCUCAGAACUGGAACCCCGAAAAGGACCCUGGUGGCCUAAGUUGUGGAUUUGGGGAGAAGGAAACCUGGAACAAGGCUCAGACAUGGACUGAAUAGAGCCAGCCCUCCCCAGUUGGCGAGAACCGUGCAAAGUACCUGAAUGUUUCUAGACACCUUCGGGACAGCCUCACUUCUCAGGAAAAAAACAAACUUAUUUUCUGGAUAUAUUUUUAAAAAUAAAAAAAAAAAAGAUCUGUGACACUUUCAAAAAAGAACUUGUGUUUUCCUCCCCCGGGUAUUCGUCUACUGCUCAGCAGACAUGUUUAAGAUCCAGGAGGAAUUGCAUGAGGUUGCAAAAGAUAUGGCUAUUCUGAGUGUUUGGUGUUUUGUUUUUUUUGGGGGGGUAAAUAACCUUUGGAGAGGAGUUUUGUAAAUGGCUGGGUCUCUGCUCUGCUCCGGCGUUGCCUUUCCACCCUGCGGUUGCAACACAAAACCUUGUUCAAACUUGCUGAGCGGCUGCCCUGCCUGUCUCGAUCCACACAGCCCGAAUGUGGUCAGGCCUACCCCCGUGGCUUUUCUGGGAAGAUUUUGCUGACCAGGAGGUUUGGGAAAGACGUUGAAAAAAAAACUUUCUGGAGGAAAGCGGAACUUCCCAUUGAAACGGGCUGGAUUGCUGAGAAAACCGCACUGGCUGGAAUCAAAGCACAGGGAUUGUCUGGCGCUUUGGGAAAACUGCCUUUUUAAAGACCGCGGUGGAAAAUACUGGAGUAUGGUUUUGCAAGAAAAGAGGGUUUUUUCCAAAAGCGUUUUAAGGAAUUAUCUUUUUUUCUAAAAGCUUCUUCUAGUCCAAAAGAAUCUGGAUUUUUUAUCACAAGAUAAAAAACUGAUGUAGAAUUUCUCAGGAUUCCUUUUUCUCUUUCUGAGCAGCACAAAGGGGGGAGGGGGUCAGAAUGCAGCUAAAAGCAGGGAGGUAUUUUUUCCAGAAAUCUUAAAAUAUGAGAGGAAUGGAGAAAGUAUAAUUUGGGCUCACUGUUUUCUGACUCUGCAGUCUCCUUUUUGACUUCCUCCCGGCAGUGGACACGAAAGAAAAUGUCUGCUCAGCUGUGCCGAGCUCUUUACGACAACACCGCGGAGUGCCUGGAUGAACUUUCUUUCCGCAAAGGGGACCUGAUGGUUCUUCUCCAGCCAGAGGCGCCGGGCUUGGAGGGGUGGCACCUGUGUUCCUUGCACGGUCAGCAGGGUAUUGUGCCGGCCAACCGGGUCAAAGUCCUGCCUGAGCCGGGAUCUCCAGGGCCGGUCCCUCACAGAAAGCACACCCCAGCCGACGUUUACCAAGUCCCCAGGAAGGAGGCGGCGACCCUAGCAGGGACGGCGUGCGAAGUGCCGCAGGAUGAGCUUGGAAGGCAGGGGCUGCGUCAAGAUGAGCAGGAAGUCUAUGAGGUGCCCCCGCCCGCCCGGCCGUGCCCCCUGCCCCCUGAAGGGAUCUACAGGAUUCCCCGCGGCGUCAGGAGAGAUGGUCCUACAGAGGUUUACGACAUCCCCUCAUCUCUGCUUCGGGAUACUCCAGCGGACACCUACGACUCACCUUCCCCGUGUCACAAGAAGGUAGCCCGUGUGGCUCCCCAGCCCACGCUCCCCGUGCCCUCUGAUGACCCCUAUGACGUGCCACUGGCCUUCAAGAAGCCCUCGGGUCAGGAGGAGGAAGAGGAGGAGGAGGAAGAGGGAGGCUCAGAGAGGCCCCUUGUCUACGCCAUCCCGUCCAACUUGAGGCGAGCCUCGGCCUUGCUGAACUUAUACGAAUCACCUGAAGAAGUACUGGGAGGAGGCCGGGAGGAAGAACAAGGGGAGGAAGAGGAAGAUGGAGGCAUCUAUGACAUCCCUCUGCUCCCACCUGGUUCUCCGCCCCUCGAGGGGGCACUCCAAGGACUUAGCUUGAGGGAGCCGGGGGCCCCGUCCCGCCCUCGUCUGCCCUCUGCCGAGAGUCUGUCCCGCCGUCCGUUGCCUGCCCUCCCCAGUGAAGAACGGCUUUCCGUAGAUGCUCCACCGCCAUCGCCAAGUAUCGUUCGGAAAGGCAGCAUCCAGGACCGACCGCUGCCUCCACCGCCUCCUCGGCUAGGGGGUCUCGGGGCAGGGGACCAGCUGGAGUCAGUCCGGGAUGAGGGGUACAAUGAAUACGAGGGGAUACGUCUGGCGGAAGAGUAUGACUAUGUCCAUCUCAAGGGAGCAGAUAAAAUCCCACCCAAGGCAUCGACACCUGAAGGGACCCCCGGACCUGUACUUCUUGGUGACACAGCUCAGGCGGAUGAACAGACCCCGCCUUCCCCAGAGGAUAGCCAAUUGCUGCAGUUCUACACAGGGCAGUGCCAAACCCAUUAUACUACCCUGCUUUCGGCCAUCGAGGCACUCCUUGCCAGCGCCGGUGCCAGCCAGCCUCCCCGAGUCUUUGUGCCCCACGGGAAGUUCGUGAUUAUCACAGCACACAAACUGGUGUUCGUGGGGGACACGGUGUCUCGGCUGGCGUCCUCCUCCACCGUGCGAGCUCGAGUGGGGGCAGCCAGCAGCGCUCUGUGCCAGGCCCUGAAAGAAGCCGUCCUGUCGGUCAAGGGUGCCGCCUUGCGCUACCCAUCGCUCCCCGCCGCCCGCAAGAUGCGAGAGUGCGUGGCGGAGCUCUCCAGACAGGCGCUGGCCUUCACCACUUUGCUGGCCACGUUGGCGCCCUCUUGACGGCACAUUCUGAGGCAGUUAAUUGCCAGGGAACUUGACCCCCUCAGCUGUGAGACGUCCUGCGACCCUUGUGGCAAUAAUUACCCCGUUGCUUUGGACUUCUGGCCGCAGGGGAGCUGUAUGGCCUUUGGCGGUGCUUGCGGGUAAUUCUGGCCUGUGAGUUUCUCUGGUCACCAGGUUUCUCUGAUCACGUUUGACUCGAACCUGGGAUUAACCCAGCGGCAACGUUUUGUGACAGUUCACUCUUGGAUGGUCACCUUUGACCUUAGUGAAAAUAACCAUGUCCUGACAUUUCGCCUGUCCUUGACCUCUUUCCCAACUAAACAGUCCGCACCUCUAUCUUAUGACCAGUUAUGGGGGCCCACCCGUUCUCUGUAUCUUUGGUAGUUUCCCUGGUUCUACGCCCUGUCGUUUGCAUCUAUAACCUUCAAGUGUUCUCCUAACCAAAGAACUCUGAUUCAAUGCCACAAAUUGCUCCCAGCUCUUCCAGCUUGGUUAUUGCCGUAGUGGUGAACAGUUGCAAACUGUUCAGUUGCAAUGUUGGCGUUCCUGCGUUUGGGUUCCCAGGAACCCCAGUUGAGGUGACGGAAUGGAGUCGUAGACCAAAGACAUGAAUUGAAUGAGAGAUGGCCGGACACUCAUGGCCUUCCCAUGGAAUAGGGGCCCAAGACACCCAACCCCACAAAUUUAAAGGGAAAGCACUUGAGGAGAAUCGUUGAGAAACAAGUCUUAUUUUAAAAAACUGGUGAAGAAUUCUAGGACAAUGGCUUAAAGAUAAAAAACAGAAGAAUGGUGAACUCUGCCCGAGAAGUGAAGAUAAUAAUAAUAAUAAGUGACCUAGAAGGGGCGAAAGCAAACAUAGAGGAGAUAAAAUGGCCAAAGGCACAAGGAAGCAAAGGAUUCUGGGACAAGAAGAAGGAAUUACAGGUAAGGAAAUCUCAAAAAUGGACAGGGCGAAUGAUCAGUGUGGACUUUAUACCGAGCAAGAUGAGGAUGCUCAAGUUGGGGAACGCUCAAGUCGAAGAAUUGCUUGGACAUCCAGCAAAGCCAUGACUGCCGGGGUCAGUCUGAUCUACAAAUCCAUUAGUUCUUUUCCUCUGAAAAUCCCUCUUCUGAUUUGGCGUUUGUCUUGGACAGCAGCCAACGUCCAUUCACAGCUCCCCCCGCCCUCCCGGGGACCCCCCCUCAUCUCAUUUCCUUAUUGGGAAACAAAUGAGGGUCAAAACAUCUGUCUCAGGAAAUAUUUGCCAAGUUAUUUUCUAAGUCUGACACAAUAAAAUUGGUUUAAGAAAACCCCAAA